AUGGUUAAGAUGGAUCCGUACGCUUACAGCGCCACUAUUGGCAACGGCAGCUUUCGUGCAGCACCUCCUCAGAACCAAGGCUAUUCCUAUGGUUGGGGUAACUCUUCCGUGUCGGCCGCAGCAAUACCUCAGAACUUUCGGAAUACUCCCAAUUUUGCAAAUGCAAGAGGAGGUUAUGGGGACGCGCCAAAGAUUCCGAAAGGCCAAUUCGCUCAAAAUCGCGCUGGCGUUGGUUACGGUAGAUGGGUAGCUCCUGGGGGUGCACGUCAAGGCGGAGCAGAUCCAGGAAGCUUCCCGAAGAAGGCAUGGUCCCAACAGCCUUUUGGACAAAACUUCUUCAAGAAAGCGGCCAAGAAGGAAACCGAUCCAACAGGCAAAACACCUGCUAUGCUUCUCCAUGAAGUCUUCAAGGAUAUCUCGGAGACAUAUGAAGAAGUGGCGUCCCAUCCAAAAGCGUAUCGCUGCGUUUUGACUGUUGCUGGACAGCAAUUCGCUAUGGUUGCACCGGCUAAGAAGACCGCAAAACAGAAAACUGCGGAGAUGGCUUUGCGCACGCUUCGCCCUGAUCUGCACAUCACUCCAUUUGAGGAUGGUGUGACAGUACAGCCAGUAACUGCCGAAGGGACAGUUCCUCUUCAGCCUAUCACAAGGCCUGCUAUGAAGCCUGAGGGUGAAGAUGCACCACCACCUGCCAAAAAAAUCAAGCUCAAUGCAUUAGAGUCGGCUCUCUCACUGCUUGAUUGCAUGAGGAAGCUAUGUGCCGAAAGGGUCUCAGAGGGACCAUUCAAUCCUGUUUUUGAUAUCACAGACAUCACUGAAUCAGCUUCUACAACUGGGGAUAAGCGAAAGUUCAGGGCCACCCUUACAUUCUCUGAGCAAGGCAAAGUGUAUACCCACGAAGGCUUUGGCAAGAUGUCUACUAGGGAUGUAGUUGUACGGGAGGCUCUUCUCGAUCUCUUCAAUGUUCCUCAGGCUGAGAUCAGACGAAUUGUACGUCGUCAUCUCAUGGGCAAACUGACUGACAUGCCAAUCAUUCAGACAUUGUAUCAGGUCGCUCAUCUGUGCGGCUGCGAAGUCGAGUUCAAGGUAGACAUCGCCACCGACCAGAAGGCGGUUGGCCACGUUGCUCCGACAUUUGUCGCCGUCUGCACUCUCACCGAUCAUUCCAUGGACGACAAGAAGGUGGAGUUUACUUCGCCGCCAAGCCGUUCAAAACACGAGGCGAAGGAAUAUGCUGCGCAUGAGUUGUUGAGGUCUCACUUUGACAUUGAUCCUCCGGCUGUGGCUGCUGAAAGACCCCCUGUAGUGGAGCAACCUGUACCCCCGUGCCAGAAGCUGCAUGUAUUGCUUGCCAAGCAGAACAGAUCGGUCACUCCAAAUAUCAAAUAUGAGGACCUCGGUCUCGCUGACGACACUGUGAGCCAAAUGGGAACCAUUUUUAAGAGCAAACUGAUCAUAAAUGACAAGGAAGAAUUCAUCGGCAGCGGAAAGUCGAAGAAAGCAGCUAAGAAUGACGCCGCUAUGUUGGCUUUGAAAAAGAUCUUCAUGUUUGAUUACAAUGAUCCCGCAUCUGAGCCGGUAAUAGAAGCACCUCCUCGCGCAAGAAGAUCUGCAAAGAACGGCAGCUCGCAGUUGUGCUUCGAUGUUGCUGAAUAUGCAAAACGGGAGUACUAUAGCAUGUGUAAUUUCUAUGCUGUAAAGCCUAGCACAGAAGUAGCAGCAUUUUUCCUCGUGAAUGAAUUGGAUGAGAAACGUUUGGUCGCAAUAGGCUCAUCGCGACCUGGAGUUGUAGAGGGACAAGUGGUGGGAAGCGCUCGUGGAACUGCUAUCAUUCACUUUGAUCCCAUCGUGAUUGCUAGGCGAUCGUUGUUGAGAUAUCUCAUCAAUGAAGUAGGAAAAGUUGGAGACCCGAAAUGCAUCUUUGUUCGCGGUGAAGAUGGCAUGCUGCGUCUGAAUGAGGGCCUGAGAUUGGUGCUCUAUGCAACUUACGCACCAAAUUGCUCGUACAGCUGUAAGGAAGCAUCUGUGAAGAAGUUGAGCGUGCUAGGACCAACGCAUCUGAUUCCUGCUCCGGAAGAAGUACAGAGCUUCAACGACAUCCAACAAACCGGACGUAUGCAUGUUCAUUGCGCAGCUGACAAGAUCUACAAAUGGAGCAAACUUGGUGUUCAAGGAGCGCUUCUUUCAACGCUUAUGCACCCAAUCCUGCCGCAUUCCAUUUUCUUCGGAAGUCAAGCACCUGUUAGCGAUGCAUCUCUUCUGUUUGCUCUGUUUGGCAGAAUGGAACCACCAACGAAUCCGUGUAAAGUGGAAUCAAUUAAGAACAAUAUCAUAUUGUCAUCGUCACCUGCUCACGUAUGGACACGAGAUAUGGAGCAUGUGGAAAUGUUAAAUAUUGACUCUGGAAGGACUAACAAGGGAUCUCCAUCCAGAUUGUGCAAAAAAGCGAUCUUUGAGGCUUUCCUGAAACUUGCUGAUGGUAUGAAAUGUGGCACAUACAUGGAGGCAAAGCAGAAGGCUGUCGCAUAUAAUGAGGCGAAACGUGUGCUCUACGAGCAAAUGGAAGCCGCUGGACUUGGCAAAUGGCAGACGAAACCCGCGAAAUUGGUGGAUUUUAGUUUGGACUCGUUUGAUAUCUAGGAUGGAUAAAAAGUGAUCCAAAUCACUAGUUUUUGGUUGUUACUGCUGAUAAUAACUCUAUAUUUCCUGUCACAUUCUUCUGUCACUAUCUUAUUCUUUUUAUUUGGCGAACUCUCUAAGAUGUAACAGAAUGAAGUGUUGUUGUUCUUCUCUAACUUCAUUAUCAUGUUUAUCUUUAAGUGCAGGUUUGAGGGAAAAAAUUUGUUCCUCGUAAUCUUAUGUUAAUGAUUAUCACCAAUUACCAAAAUAGAAUAAGUGGAUACUCAACCGUGAUUUGAUGUUUGCAAAAAAAGCAGUGUUGUGUUUGAUCAAAUCGCGUUUUUCUUGUCUUCGUCGAGUCAAGAAUAAAAGUUUCUCUUGGA